GGAUUCAAUCUGAGGCUGUGAUUCCCCAUUGCCCACUCCCCUGUCCUCACUCCUGUCUAUUGCCACUCAUAAAAGUCACCAUGCUUCAGAACCAAAAGAAUCCACGAUGCUUAUACGAUCAGUGCUUUCAGACCUGCAGUGAGAUCCAAGAUAUGGAAGUUGUACAGGUCUCCAAGGCUCUGGAAGAGACCCAUCUCUCCUCCUAUCCUCUGAUGCCUGGCAAUUCAGAGGAGGCUCCUGAUGCUGGUCAACCCAGUACCCCUGAGAGUCAUCAGAGUUUCUGCUCAUCUUCCAUUGCCAUCACAACCACCUCAUCAAGUGAAUUGAAUGAGAGCUCCAGGAGCCAAGAAGAGGAUAGCACCUCAUGGGCUGGGCCUGACCCCAGGAAUGUGCCCAUAGAUGCUCUAGAUAAGAAGGUGAUUUCGUUGGUCAAUUUCAUGCUGUUCAAGUAUCACAUGAAAGAGCCAGUGACAAAGGCAGACAUGAAGAUUGUCAUCAAAGAGAAUGAAGACCACUUCACUGAGAUCUUCCUGAGAGCCUCUGAGCACAUGGAGAUGGUCUUUGGCCUUGAUGUGAAGAGAGUGGAUCCCAUCAACCACUGCUAUGGCCUCUUCAUCAAAUUGGGCCUCACCUAUGAUGGGGUGCUGGAUGGUGAAGAGGGCAUGCCCAAGACCGGCAUCCUGAUCUUUAUCCUGGGUGUGAUCUUCAUGAAGGGCAACAGUGCCACUGAAGAGGAAGUCUGGGAAGCGCUGAAUUUGACGGGGAUAUAUGCUGGGAGGAAGCACGCCAUCUUUGGGGAGCCCAGGAAGCUCAUCACCAAAGAUUUCGUCAAGGAAAAGUACCUGGAGUACCGGCAGGUGGCCAACAGGGAUCCCGCACAGUUUGAAUUCCUGUGGGGCCCGAGAGCCCACGCUGAAACCACCAAGAUGAAAGUCCUGGAGAUGCUGGCCAAGUUUCACGGGACUGACCCGAGUUCUUUCCCAUCUCAGUAUGAGGAGGCUUUGCAAGAUGAAGAAGAGAGAGCCCGAGCCAGAAUUUCAGCCAGGUCUGUCUCUGCUUCUGUGGCCACUGCAAGUUCUAGUGCCAAGUCCAUUCAUUUCUCUUGCUCCUAG